AUGGAGGACUCUCAUACUCCAAUGAGGAUUUCAGUGAGAAACAUUAAUCCUAAGGUGGUGAAUGAUCGGUCGGAGACAAAAAGCAGUAGGGAAGGGUAUAAUUUAGAAGGUAAAGAUGAUUGGUCUUCGGUGAACACUUUGCCUAAUUCUCUGGUUAAGGUGACAGAGGAUCAUUCUGGGUUGAACAAGUGUCUGAGGAAUAGUGGCAACAUAUCUUUCGAUGCUAUUCUUGAAGCGGCUAAGGUGGCUAAAGAAAAAGCAAAAGGGAAUAGUCAGGUUCUGCUUGUGAUUUUGCAGGCAACAUCGAAGUUGCUAUUGGAAAUGGACAGAGGGUACCAUUCUGGUCGGCAUUUCAGGACUGAUUUGAAUUGGGGAAAUUUUGGGUUGUCGCCGACGAUUGAUGAAACUGCGAGUAUUCAGAUCGAUGCCUUGUUAUUGAUUCUAGAUGAGGUGCAGGUUUCUAAUCAGGAACCUGGCUUAUUUUUGUGGAAUCCGAAUGAUGAUGCUGGAUAUAUUGUUAGGGAAUUUUACAAUCAGAUUUGUCAUCAUCUUGAUCCGAUGAACUUUCAGGUUGGAACAGACAAGGCAUUUGGUUUGAUUUGGGAAAUCUAG